CACUGAGAGGCAGCAGGUUUGUGAGAGCAGCAGCCAGAGGAGGAGGAGGAGGAAGAAGGAAGGAGGAAGGAGGAGGAAUCAGAGCGAGAGAAACAGUGUGGCUGCAGUCAGGAGGGACGCAAACACUGAGAGAGAGAGGAGGAGAUAGAAGAGAAGGUUUCCCCUCCUCACCUCACUGACCCAUGAAAGAAGCCAUGCCGGUUCUCACAGCAGGAGCGGGGCUGCACGAAACGCUGGCCCUGCUGACCUCUCAGCUGAGGCCCGAUGCCAACCACAAAGAGGACAUGGUGUUCCUCAAAGACGUCUUCAGCGAGCGGAGUUUGGGCUACCUCAUGAAGAUUCACGAGAAGCUGCGACAGUACGAGCGGCAGAGUCCGACACCUGUUCUCCACAGUGCCUCUUCCCUGGCAGAGGAUGUGGCAGAGGAGCUGCAGAGUGGACCAAUGAGCACAGAGGAGAAGGAGCUGCUGCACCUGUUAACGUCGCCACAUCUCAAGGCUGUCCUCUCAGUUCACGACACCGUGGCCCAGAAGAACUUCGACCCAGUGCUGCCGCCGCUGCCGGACGACUUGGAGGACGAGCUGGAGGAGGAGUCGGUGAAGAUUGUCCGGCUGGUGAAGAACAAGGAGCCUCUGGGCGCCACCAUCAGGAGAGAUGAAGCCACUGGGGCGGUGAUCGUAGCUCGGAUCAUGAGAGGAGGUGCAGCUGAUCGAAGCGGCCUCGUCCACGUUGGAGAUGAACUCAGGGAGGUCAACGGAGUCUCUGUGAUCCACAAGAGGCCCGACGAGAUCAGUCAGCUGCUGUCUCAGUCCCAAGGCUCCAUCACUCUAAAGAUAAUCCCCGCCAUUAAAGAGGAGGACCGAUUGAAGGAGAGCAAGGUUUACAUGAGAGCCCUGUUUGACUACAUCCCAUUGGAAGACAAGGCCACACCCUGCCAGGAGGCGGGACUUCCCUUCAAACGAGGAGACAUCCUGCAGGUCGUGACCCAGGACGACCCCACGUGGUGGCAGGCCAAGCGGGUCGGAGACAGCAACCUGCGGGCCGGACUCGUCCCGUCCAAACAGUUCCAGGAGAGGCGACUGGCCUACAGGAUGAAAAUGGGCACGCUUCCGAAUCCAAAAUCCCCUAAAAAGCCUGCCUAUGACCAAGGAUGUGAUAAAGAGGACUGUGACUGUGAGGGCUAUUUCAAUGGACAGUACAUAGUCUCUCCUAAGUGUAAAGCAGUGGCGCCCUCCUGUGGCCAGGUGUUUUCCUGGGAAUUUUAUUCAGCUGGUUUACGGAGGAGUUUCCGGCUGAGUCGUAAGGACAGGCAGGGAUCAUCGGGGGAGGGAUCUGAUCCAGGAGACCCCGACUUCCUGACCUAUGAGGAGGUGACCCGCUACCAGCAAAGGCCCAAUGAGAGGCCACGGCUGGUGGUUCUGAUCGGUUCUCUCGGAGCUCGAAUCAAUGAGCUCAAGCAGCGGGUGAUUGCAGAAAACCCUCAUCGUUACGCAGUAGCUGUACCACACACCACCAGGCCCAAGAAACCUCACGAGAAGGACGGUGUAGAGUACCACUUUGUCACCAAGCAGCAGUUUGACGCAGAUGCUUUGAACAACAAGUUCAUAGAGCACGGGGAAUACAAGGAGAACCAGUAUGGCACCAGUAUAGAGGCGAUCCGCUCCGUCCAGGCCAAGAAUAAGAUGUGUAUAGUAGAUGUGCAGCCUGAGGCCCUCAAGAGGCUGCGGACGGCAGAGUUCAAGCCAUACGUUAUAUUUGUCAAACCUCGUGUUCCCGAGAGCCGACGUCGCCGCAGUGCAGCUACUUCACCAGGAGGGGGCGAGCACGGCCGCAUCACAGAUGAAGACCUCCAGGAGAUGCGUCAGUCUGCCAUCCAGAUCGACCAGCAGUACGGACACCUGGUGGACCGGGUCCUGAUCAAGGAGGACUCGGCCAGCGCUUGUGCAGAACUGCGAGGUAUUUUGGAGAGGCUGGAGCGAGAGUCCUUCUGGGUGCCUCUCUGCUGGGUGCGGACCUAAACUUUAACGACACCACCCUCCCCCAAAGCCCUCUGGAGGAACUUCACAGUCCCAAACCCUGCACUGCUCCUCUCCUGAUGAGCUGAUCCCCCCCACAAAGGCCUGCUGUCCGGCCUGGAGUCUGCAGAACUCCACAACCUGACUGACAGUGGGCUGGUCAGCCAAACGAGAGGAUGAUGUCAGAGGAUCACCUCAGUUUUGCAGCAGGUAAAUUGCCCAAAAGUCACAGUCUUACUUCCUCAAAAUUAUUCAGGUUUGGUUUUAAUCUAUUUAUUGACUUCAAAGACAAGAAAGGGAUCAAAGUUUGUAGUUCAAAAUGUAAUGGUUUAAUUUAUUGCUCUUGUAUUUUCCAAGUAAUUUCAUGCAUAAUUUUGCAACGAUAAACCUUUAUUUAACUGUAAAUUACAACAUCAAUGCAUCACAAUUUGGAACUAAUUACAAGGGGGAAGAAGGGAACUGGCAACUAAAACAAUAGGUGAUUAAGUGAUGUCAAUAUACAGCCAAAUUUCCGAGAAUGAAAAUUAGUGAUUAUUUAGAAAAUGUAAUGCAUUUAAUUUAAUCAAAAUUAAUUAAUUUCUCUGUAAAAAUAUGUUUAACUACUCAGGAUGUGAGUUUCUGGAUCAUCACACAAAGAAAACAAAAUCUGAUCAGUAUCAUGUGCUGCAAAAUGUAAGAGGUGUGGCUGUUAAAUAAUGACACUGGGCUCAUGUCAGAUGCCUGAAGCAUCAUUGAUUAAUCAGCAAAAGAGCUCCUGAACGUUUCAGCUGCAUUAGUUUAACAGUCGCAUCUCUUCUGUACUAAAUUGUAGCCUUUGCUAAUUGCACUGUUUCAAUUUGAAAUUAAUUGUCCAGCAAAACUUUCUACUUAAUGAAAUCAUAUAAAUGAGCCAUAUUUUAAUUUUAUCUGCUCUGUGCACAGUUUUCUCAUUAAAACAUGAGCUUCACCUUCUAUCAGAGAAUUUUUUUUUACAUAUAUAACAAGAAUCUGACCAGUGUCUUGUUCUCUGGUGUGGCAUUAAUAUGCUUUCAUAGCAUGAGGUUGAAACAUAAAACUAAAGAACCUGCAGUGCAGCUGAAAACUACAAUUGCAUGUAUUGAUUAAGAUGCAUUUGAAUUUGACCUGCAAUAGGUUUUGAUUACAUCAGGGGGCAACUAUUGAUUUAAUCGACAUUUGUGCAGUGUUUUGGUUACAUUUCAUGUGCUGAUUUGUAGUUUUCAGCAUACAAAACUAAGACAGUUCCAGUGCAGCUGAAAACUACAAAUCAGCACAUGAAAUUUAACCAAUAUAGAGCAACUCAUAUUAAUAAAUACUUCAUUUCCAAGUGGCUCUAGCAGUUAGAAGUGAAACUGAAAUAAAGAUUGUCUAUUGAAGUCAGUUUUUGAAGAAUUUAUGCAAUAAAUUCAUGUAUAGUUUUCGCACUGCACUAGAAAUUCUCUAGUUUUGUGUUUCAGCCUCAUACAAUGAGCCACAAAUCAAACACUCUCAAUACUAUAAAUUUCACUAAAUCAUCAGUUAAACAUAUUUCAAACAAAUGUGACUCAUUGUGGCUGUUGCAGAAACUGAUCCAUGAAAUUAGCUGGAAAGCAUGUAAUAAAAUAAACCACGUUUUAUUCCUCACACUGAGAGCUUCAGGUUUGGGAUCCCACUCAGAGGAUUUCUCAGUCAGCUUUAUUGUGACUCCUGUUGGAGUAACUUUUGGUAGCAUGUUUUUUUUUUUUAUUAAACAGCUUUACUCACCUCAAUGCCAACUGCAGAAUGCUUCCUGUUUAUUCCUACUGCUCAUGCAUCCUGUACAGUAUACGAGCCUGUCAUACAACCUACACAACAGGAAAUACAGAGUUAAGUAAAUGCCAUCUGACACUAAUUCAUUGUUUUUGCUAAAUAUAAUUUCCACGGAAAUUAUAUCCAAAUGGAAUGUGAGAAUUUUAUUUUCUACCAAACUGUCUGUUUUUAGGAAAUGCAUGAUUAUUUAGGGUGUAAAUAGUGUAAAUGUUACUCCUUGUGUGCCAACGAAACAUCUCGUAGCACUUCAAUGCAACCUGUUUACCUUGGAUCCCCGGGAACCCACGUCAGUUUGUGUGUUUUAAAAAAACAAAGCUGUGCACAAAGUGUGUGUGGAUGUAUGUCACAGUGUGUGUUCACGUAUGCCAACCUGCGAUGCUCCUUUUACAUACAGGAAUGGAUUUUGUACAGUUUCUUUGCACAUACAGCAUCUGUGUUUUUGACUGUAAAACAGGGUUGGACACUAGCUGGCUUUUCUUUGCAUUAUGUGAUAGUAAAAUCACAAUUGGGGUUUUGGUUGGGCAGAAAGUAACAAUUUGAAGGCAUGAUAUCAUACAACUAAUUCUUUGAAAUGAAAACUACAUCCAAUUAAAGACCUGGCACUGACAUAUGAUACAGUAGAACUUUGAUAUGCUAGCAUUUAGUGUAGCAAAAUAAAAACGUUGCAAUUGUUCCUUUUCCCUGCACUGGCUGUGAAAACAUACCUAUUUUAAUGGUGAAACUCUGAAUUGAAAUGUAAUCUUGCUCAGUUUCCCAGCUUUGAGUUAAUCCUAGUCCAGAAACUUUUUCUUCAAAACUAGGACGAGGCUUAAUCUAUGUCUAGGAAACUGGAUCACCUCUCAUCCAAGAGGCGUCUUCAAUUCUAUCAAAGAUGUUUAUGUUCACCUCAAAAACAACUAAAGACUUGACUCUUGUUUAGGGAACUGGCUCUCUGUUGUUGUGCUGUGCCCGUUUUUGUCAAUAACUACAGAAAAAGACUGCAAUCCACCUACAUCUAAAGGAUAAUGCACACUCCAAAGAGAUAAAAGGGUGUCUAUGGCAAUAAAUACCUACAAUAAGUCCAUUAGAACUCAUGAGGCCUCUUGGAUGAAUGUAAAACAUCACCAAGAACCAAAAGAAACCCAAAUUAAGAAAACUUUGGUUGAAACACGUAGAAUUAACUUGACCUGUAUGACUGGGAUUCUACACAGAUGAAUGAAGUUUGUUCUGAAAAAAAUACAAAAGCAAUUCUUGAAAUACACAAAUUUGUACAAAAAUCUGUUCACUUCUCAAAUCACAGGGAUCCUCUCACAGCCAGAAUGAAAAGGAAGAAUUGAAGCAACUGACAGCUCUUUCUUUGGCAUGCAUUUUGCUUCCUUUUUUAAAAAAAAUGUGAACCAAUCAGGAAAUAAACUCCAAACCAAAGCAGCUUCCAGAUCCCCACUGUUCUUUGUUUUUCUUUGUAGAACAUGAAAUAUUUAAAGUGCUGUAUGAACCAAGAAACCCAGGAUGUUGAUUUGGAACCUGACAUGUACAAAGUGCCAUAAUAAAGCUAGCUGAAUCUAA